AUGGAAGAGAUUUUAAACAUUCAAACUCCUGUCAAAUAUGACAAUUCUCUAGCACAUUAUGAGAUUCAUGCACAUCAGCCAUACGUUUCAUCAGCAUUUAAUAACAGUGAUGAGAUUCGUAUUGCAGUUCAACAUCAAGAUUUAUACAUUCUGCCCUCUAAAAGUACCUUACACGUACAGGGAAGAUUAACAAAAACUGACAAUACUGAUGUGACUAAUACAAAGCUAAUUAGUAAUGGCAUUUGUUACCUGUUUAGUGAUAUUCGAUAUGAACUUAAUGGAGUAGAGAUUGAUCGUUGUAAAAAUGUUGGUCUAACAACAACUAUGAAGUCUUUAAUUUCUCAAACACCUAAUCAAAUGAUUUAUGCUGAGAAUGCUGGUUAUAUUGACUAUGAUGAUGCUAGUAGAGUAACUAAUGAUCAUGGAUAUUUUGAUGUAAAUGUACCCCUAAAUAUGAUUCUUGGAUUUGCUGAAGACUAUCGAAAGAUUGUUGUAAAUGCAAAACAUGAACUUAUUUUAACAAGAUCUCGUACAGAUCUUAAUGCUAUAGUUAAUAUUCAAGGAUUAGAACGAGAAGAAUUUAAAAUUGUAAUAAAUAAAGUUGAAUGGAUGAUUCCAUAUCUAUUUGUUGGUGAUCGACAGAAAAUUGAAUUGUUAAAAUUCACUGAAAAAGAUUCACCAAUAACAAUGAGUUUUAGAUCAUGGGAUUUGUAUGAAUAUCCUAUGAUUCCUGCUACUCAAAAACAUGUAUGGACUGUAAAAACAUCAACACAAAUUGAAAAACCUCGAUAUGUUAUCCUUGGUCUUCAAACAAAUCGAAAAGAAAAUCGAGCAAGAUAUUCAAACUUUUUUGAUACUUGUAAUUUAAAUAAUGUUAAACUUUUCUUAAAUUCACAAUACUAUCCUUAUGGUAAUUUGAAUUUAAAUUUUACUCAGGGUCAGUAUUCUGUUCUCUAUGAGAUGUAUUGUAAUUUUCAACAUUCAUACUAUGGAAAAGAUCCUGAACCUUUGUUAGCAAAACAUACCUUUCAAGAGUAUGCACCAUUGGCUGUUAUAGAUUGUUCAAAACAAAAUGAAUUUCUAAAACAAGCAUCUGUAGAUGUUCGACUGGAAUUUGAAGCAAGUGAUAACUUUCCCGCCAAUACAGCUGCCUACUGCUUAAUUAUUCAUGACCGUAUCAUUCAGUACACACCAAUUAGCGGUAUUGUUAAAAAAGUAUCAUGA